UGUCUUGUCAAAUAACAAAACGCUAUUUGCUAUUCUUUCGUUCGUUUCGGUAGAAUGUGCGUUUGCUCGAAUUUAUAAUUAUUUCCUUGAUUGCAUUAUUUAUUUUGCACGCCUGCGUUGGAAACUUCCACUAAAGUGCUGAGAUUGUGAUUCUCUGUCACUUGCCAGGGCACCAUCAUUAUUUUUAAUUUGUUGCCACAAUGGUCGUGAUAUCGUCAAAUUUUACUGCGCCGGUUGAUGGGAUCCUCUUCCAAACACCAUCAACCAAACUCCUCGUGAAUAACCAAGAGCUGGGCACAGCUACUUUGUACAUUACAGAACACAAUGUAGUCUGGGGUGGAGGUGUUAGGCCGACCGGAGGCCCCGCACCGUCUAUCAACCUGCUGUAUCCGAGCAUAUCGCUCCACGCUAUACAGAGAGAUCCGUCGCCUGCUCUAUACAUGGUGCUCAAUUACGAACUGAGGUUACCAGAACUUGCACAGGCAGGAACCGGUGAUGCAAACGAUGAUGACGAUGACUUUGAUGCUGAGGACCAGCCAAUCACACAACUUCGCUUUGUGCCAAGCAGCGAGCACGACUUGCAGCCGAUGUAUGCGGCCAUGAGCCAAGGCCAGGCGCUGCACCCCGACCCGGCCGACGUGGACGAUGACGACCCUUAUAUGGACGGGGAGGACUUUGACGAUGCUGGUGACGAGGAGUUCGAGGACGCGGAAGAAGAGGACUUGGCGGAGGACGAGGCGGCCGCGCGCCUGCGACAACUUAGAGUCGACUCCAACGGCGCCAACCACGUCGACGGUGAGGACGCCGAAAUUGAGGAGGAGUGAUACGACGUCAACCGCAACCUCCUAUGCGGCCUGUAGACCUGCUGGAACCGAAGCCUCACAAUCCGGUACU